CUCUCGCACGUUGCGAGAAAAACAGUACCAAACGGAGACGGAUACAGAAACCCCAACGCUUUUGCCUCCUUUUCUCUGCAACUUGCUUCCUCUCUAUCUCCAUCUCCCUGCGCGCCAAUGGAGGCUCUGUGGCUUUCCCAUUCGCACGUGCCUCUGCUACGCUCAACACGUGCGAAUUCAAGCUUGCCCUCUUACCUAACGGCGAAGCAGCAGCAGAGUUGCAGGAAGAAUCACUUCAUCGCCGCCACGAUUGCCAAAGAAACAACAGACGUCCCUCGGAAACCCUCCGCCGUUACUUCCACGGAAAAGCCGUUGCAGAGCUCUCCAGCUAUUCCCUUAAGGAGGGUAUCGGCCGAUUCUUUGCAGUACGAGAGUGGUUUCCUCGGCGGCGUACCGGACAGGUCGUUGCUGACGGCCGAUGACGCGGAUGGAGUUCCUGACGCAAUGACUUACUUGACUGAUAUACUGUCUUCCAAUGUCUACGAUGUGGCUAUCGAGUCGCCAUUGCAGCACGCGCAAAAGCUCUCGGACAGGCUUGGCGUCGAUGUUUGGCUUAAGAGGGAAGAUUUGCAACCUGUUUUCUCAUUCAAGCUGCGUGGAGCUUAUAACAUGAUGGUCAAGCUGUCGAGGGAACAGUUGGACAAGGGUGUUAUCUGCUCAUCUGCCGGAAACCAUGCUCAAGGGGUAGCAUUGGCUGCUCAGAGACUUGGUUGCAAUGCUGUCAUUGCUAUGCCUGUUACGACGCCAGAAAUUAAGUGGAAGUCGGUCGAGAGGUUAGGUGCAACGGUUGUCCGUAUAGGGGACUCAUACGAUGAAGCACAAGCUUAUGCGAAAAAGAGGGCGGAAGAGGAAGGUCGAAUCUUCAUACCUCCCUUUGAUCAUCCCGACGUCAUUGUAGGGCAGGGAACAAUUGGGAUGGAGGUUAUACGUCAAAUGAAAGGUCCACUGCAUGCGAUCUUUGUGCCUGUUGGUGGUGGAGGGCUGAUAGCAGGAAUCGCUGCUUAUGUAAAGAGGGUUCGCCCAGAGGUAAAGGUCAUUGGAGUGGAGCCUUCUGAUGCAAAUGCAAUGGCACUAUCUUUACAUCAUGGGCAGAGAAUCAUGUUGGAGCAGGUUGGAGGUUUUGCAGAUGGUGUGGCUGUUAAAGUGGUUGGUGAAGAAACUUUUCGCUUGUGCAGGGAGUUGGUGGAUGGUAUCGUUCUUGUGAGUCGUGAUGCUAUCUGUGCAUCAAUCAAGGACAUGUUUGAGGAGAAAAGGAGCAUUCUAGAACCAGCAGGGGCUUUGGCCUUGGCUGGAGCAGAAGCAUACUGCAAAUACCAUGGCCUUAAGGGUGAAAGUGUUGUAGCAAUAACUAGUGGGGCAAACAUGAAUUUCGAUAGGCUUAGGUUGGUUACUGAACUUGCUGAUGUUGGUAGGCAACGAGAAGCUGUUCUUGCAACCUUUUUGCAUGAAGAACCUGGGAGCUUUAAACAGUUUUGUGAACUGGUGGGCCAAAUGAAUAUCACUGAAUUCAAGUACAGAUACGAUGCUUCCAGAGAAGAUGCUCUUGUUCUGUACAGUGUUGUCCUUCAUACUGUUUCUGAACUUGAAGCAAUGGUGGAUCGGAUGGAGUCUUCCCAACUUCGGACCAUCAAUUUAACAAAUAAUGACUUGGUCAAGGAUCAUCUACGACAUUUGAUGGGUGGUCGAUCAAAUGUUCAAAAUGAACUUCUUUGUCGGUUUGUCUUCCCAGAGAGACCAGGUACUCUGAUGAAUUUCUUGCAUACCUUCAGUCCACGUUGGAACAUAACUUUGUUCCAUUACCGAGGACAGGGUGAGACUGGUGCUAACGUAUUGGUUGGUAUCCAAGUUGCAAGCAAUGAGAUGGAAGAGUUCAAGGAUCGUGCAAAUACUCUUGGAUAUGAUUACAUGAUCGAGACAAGCAACGAGGCCUUCCGACUGCUGACACAGUAAGUCACAGUAAGUUAUUGCACCUCAGAUUUCAGUUGAAUGCUGGUUGGUGAUUGAAGUUUCCCCCUCUAUCGACUUCAUGGCUAAGUUUAGUGGAGCUGAAGAGUAAACAACAUUCUUCAUGGAGUUAUGUACUAGCCUUAUUUUGUUUGUUUGUUUUCUUUUCUUUUUUUUUUAAUUUUCUUGGUAGGGGGUUGUUCUGCUUUUUUUUUUUUUUUCUGUUCUUCUCGGAGUUCUCUAGAUUUCUUAUGUGCCUCAGCCACGGUUCUAUCUGUAAUCUGAAGUAACCCUUGAUUGCUGUUGAAGGUAGCUAUACUAUAACUUUUUUUUUUGUGUAAAUUAACUAACCUUUGGCUACGGAA